CUACACCAUCUCGUCCUGCCCAUCCACAUUGCUCACUCACCUGUCCGUCCCCCUUCUUCCUUACCUCUCCACCUACUCGUCCGAUCUCACACCAUCCCUCUCCGUCUCUUCCUCCACGUUAUCACCUAAUCCUUUUCCCCUUCUGUUCAAAUAUGCAUCGCUUCAAUUCUCACCCUCGCCUGUCGUGAAGAACUUGCCUCUCUCUCCCUCUCUUUCUUUCUCCUUCUCUUCCCCAUUCAACAUGGCCAAUUCCCCAUCUCACCGGAGCCCAGCCUCGUCCACCUCGGCCGGCCGAGACUCCGGCUCCCUUUCACAUUCCAGAGACCGCCGUGAUGCGCCAUCCUCCACAUCCGCCGACCCCGUUGCCGACCCCGUGCCGGUUGAGACACUGGUGGAACACCUCCUCGCCGCCAAACGCUCCUUAUCGUCCAUCACUGCCGUUCUCCGCGCCAACGAGAUCGCCACCGAUGCCCGCCAGGCCCACGAGGAGGCCGUCGUCCUCUAUGCCGAGACGCAGUUCCUACAGCGUGCCAUCGCCGAGCAGUUGGCCCUGCUAAUGAAGGUCCGCCGAGGUCUUAAGAGGACCUACGACGCCGGCAAGCGCGACUUCAAAAACCUCGUCAAGACCAUGGAUGCAACCAACGAGACCCUACGCGAGACCAUGGACAUGCUCAAGAACACAACCGUUGAAGCCGUCUUCCGGCCCCCUGGUGAGGCGCGACGCAACUUGAUGGAUUUCGUCGACGAGAAGAGCGUUCACGUUAUGCGUGAGGCGCUGAAGCAGAGCCUAGGCGAGCUGCAGUCCAUCCAGACUUCCUUCGACGGCGAUCUCCUUCGAUUCGACGACGACCUGCGAGCCCUCAAAAAGUCGAUCGCGACAUCACCAUUGCGCCGCCUACCCUCCGACUCGUCCGCAACCGAUCCCAUACCUGAGCUGCUCGGCUCCCUUGUCGACCAUUCCCACUCCAUGGCACAGCUCCUGACGUCCUUGACGAAACACUUUGACCUCUGUGUCACGGCCGUUCGGACCACGGAGGGCGGCGCGGCCCUCGCUCGUCGCAGGGCCGCCGAGGUGACACAGUCGCAAGGCGGCGACGGCGUGUCAAUAUCCGGCGUCAUUGCCGACCAGGAGUCUCACAUGCCCGAUCUCGACCCCAUCACAUACCAAGACCGCGCAGACAUGCUGGAAAUCGUCGUCAGCGAUGCUUCCGAGGUCGACAGCGUCAUCCAAGAGCUAAACGAGCGGCUACAGGCCAUGGAAGACGAGUUUGCCGCAAUGACGGAGCAGACGGGGCAGAUCAAGGCGGCCUUUCUUGGCACGCUGGGUGCAUUCGCCGCCCUGGAAGACAUGGGCGGCCGCAUGGCCAGCUACAUCGCCAGCGAGGCGGAGUUCCUGCAGCGGUGGGAGGACGAGCGGUACACCAUCUACAACAAGCUCGGCGAAAUGGAAGACCUUAGGGACUUUUACGAGAAAUACUCAAACGCCUACGACAACCUGAUUCUCGAGGUUGAGCGGCGCCGCAUGGUGGAAGACAAGAUCGCCAGCAUCUGGAAGAAGGCCAAGGACAGCGUCGACAAGCUGACGGAGAACGACCGGCGCGAGCGUGAAGGCUUCCGCCAAGAUGUCGGCGAGUUUAUACCGACGGACUUGUGGCCGGGUAUGGACAGCGGGAUGAAGAGGUGGGAGCUCGUCGCGGUCGACGGCGGGAGCUCCGAGGACGACGCGAGCGGCGGCCAGAGAAGCACGCCGGCGUUAGACAGGAGCGUCGUGGACGCGGCCAGAGACAGACUGGACCGAAGCCAGCAGCGGUAGUAGCUGCUGCAAUUGUGUUACAGCUUUGAUUACGAUAAAGGGGCUGGUGCCUUUUUCUUUUUCUCUUUAUUUGUUUUUGGAUUUUAUUUUACCGGGGAGUUUUGAGGAAAGGACAAAGACAUGGCGACGGCCUUCAGUCAGGCGCGGGACUCGGUUCGGACGGCAGCGAGGUGUAUUUUCUAAUUCUGAUUUGGUUGGGUAUUUCCGUUCUCUUCUGUGUCUUUACUCAAAUUGUAAGCUUUCUUUCCUCGUCAGGGCGAAGGGGUCCUCGCCGCUCGGUUAAGCUGUACGCUUUCCCUCCUGUU